AUGGCUAGGGUGAACCAAGCUUUCUUGCUCUCCUCAUGGAGCUGGACGCUGGCGCUGCCCACAACUGACGGCAUGUGCCGGUUCGGUUGUGGUUUGACUGGUGAAAAUAUGGCGGAACAGGUUGAAGUGAGGGUGGAUUCCAAGGAAGCGAAGCCCCGCAUCGAACGGAACCCCCUUCCCUCGAGCCCUUCCUUGCAUUGGCGGCGGCCCGCCGCCAUUCCCCCUUCCUCGACCUCCUGCCCAACUCCGGCCACCGGAUCCGCCUUCCAUUCCUCGUCGCCCCUUCUCCACAUCAACCUCAACUCCCGCCGCCAAACCCUAGCCCACACCUGCUUGCCCCUCAUGUGGCGCCGCCUCCCCGCUCGCCGCCUCGCCUCCGCCCUCCUGUCCGCAUCUUCAGCCGCCGCUCCGCUGCCCCACGCUCUCCACCGCGGCCUCUUCCUUUCCUGUGGACAUCUUGCGCCGGCGCACCCGUGGCAGCAGCAGACGCUGCCGCGGUUCGCGUCAUCCUUCGCCGCCGAGGCCGUCGCCUCCGAGGCCGAGGAGCUGCACCACUCGAGCGAAGAGAUUGCCCGUGGGGACAACUCUAGCCUCCCUGCCCCUGCUCCGGCCACGGGGCAGGAGGGGAGGGAGGUCGGGAGGAGGAGGACCGGGAGAGGGAAGCACUCGGUCGAGGCUAAGGCGUCGCAUGGAUUUGGAUACUACAAGUACGCCAUGCUUCGCCGACGACAGGUCCAGAUUGAGACGGAGGCGUGGGAGCAGGCUGCCAAGGAGUACCGCGAGUUGCUUGCUGACAUGUGCGAGCACAAAUUAGCGCCCAACUUGCCCUACGUCAAAUCGCUCUUCCUUGGCUGGUUUGAGCCACUGCGGGACCAGAUCAUCGCCGAACAGGAUCUUGUGUGUGAGAGAAGGGCGCGGGCCUCCCAUGCCCGCUAUUUCAACAUGCUUCCAGCUGAUAUGAUGGCCGUCAUCACCAUGCACAAGCUCAUGGGUCUGCUCAUGACCGGUAGCGGCGAUGGAAGUGUACGAGUCAUCCAGGCUGCGUGCCAGAUCGGCGAGGCAAUAGAGCAUGAGGUUCGACUCCACAAAUUUCUAGAGAAGCCAAAGAAAAAAAGAAGUAAAGAAAUGGAUAAUGAAGAAGAAGUAGGUUGCUCAGACAUUGCCAAAGAACAAGAGCGCCUAAGAAAGAAGGUUACUGAUCUGAUGAAAAAACACAAAUUACGGCAAGUAAGAUAUAUAGUAAAGAAGCAAGAUAACUCCAAGCCAUGGGGUCAAGAUGUUCAUGCAAAAGUUGGUAGUCGUUUGAUUGAGCUUAUGAUUGAAACAGCAUAUAUACAACCACCUGCUAGCCAAUCUGCAGAUGGUCCACCUGACAUCCGUCCUGCUUUCACACAUGAAAUGAGAACUGUGGCAAAAGAGCAACAGAAGUCUAGUCGGCGAUAUGGUGUGAUCAAGUGUGAUCCACUGGUCCGACAAGGGCUUGAUAGAACAGCAAAGCAUAUGGUCAUACCUUACAUGCCUAUGUUAAUUCCGCCAAUCAGCUGGACUGGGUAUGACAAGGGUGCACAUUUAUUUUUACCAUCCUAUGUGAUGCGCACCCAUGGAGCUAGACAACAGAGGGAGGCUGUCAAAAGGGCUCCAAGGGAACAAAUGCAAUCUGUGUUUGAGGCCUUAGAUACUCUUGGGAGCACCAAGUGGAGGGUUAACAAAAGAGUUCUUAGUAUCGUCGACAGAAUAUGGUCAAGUGGUGGUCGGCUUGCUGACUUGGUUGAUCGCUCUGAUGUUGCUUUACCAGAGAAGCCUGACACUGAAGAUGAAGCCAAGUUGAAGAAAUGGAGGUGGAACUUGAAGGCAGCCAAGAAGGAAAAUAGUGAAAGGCACUCCCAAAGAUGUGAUGUAGAACUGAAACUUGCUGUAGCUCGUAAAAUGAAGGAUGAAGAGGGUUUCUACUAUCCACACAACCUUGAUUUUAGAGGCCGUGCUUAUCCAAUGCAUCCUUACUUGAACCACUUGGGUUCAGAUCUUUGUCGUGGAGUUUUAGAGUUUGCGGAAGGUCGACCGCUUGGAAAAUCGGGGUUGCGCUGGCUAAAGAUACAUCUAGCAAAUUUAUAUGCUGGUGGUGUUGACAAAUUAUCAUAUGAUGGCCGGAUUGCAUUCACAGAGAACCACUUGGAGGACAUAUUUGACUCGGCUGAUAGACCUCUCGAAGGCAAGAGAUGGUGGCUUGGAGCUGAGGAUCCGUUUCAAUGCCUGGCAGUGUGCAUAAAUCUCACUGAAGCCCUACGAAGCCCCUCACCAGAAACAAUGAUCUCACAUAUUCCUGUGCAUCAGGAUGGUUCUUGUAAUGGCCUGCAGCACUAUGCUGCUCUUGGAAGGGACAAGUUGGGAGCAAUUGCUGUGAACUUAGUUGCCGGGGAGAAACCUGCAGAUGUUUAUACUGGAAUAGCUACCAGGGUGCUGGAAAUUAUGAGGAACGAUGCGCUAAAAGAUCCUGCUACAGAUCCUGAUGCAGCACGUGCACGAAUGCUAGUUGAUCAGGUUGAUAGGAAAUUGGUAAAGCAAACUGUGAUGACAUCUGUGUACGGUGUCACUUAUGUUGGAGCACGUGAGCAAAUAAAAAGAAGAUUAAAGGAGAGAGACAUGAUUGGUGAUGAUUCAGAACUUUUUAGUGCAUCAUGCUAUGCUGCUAAGGUUACUCUGACAGCACUUGGUGAGAUGUUCCAAGCUGCUCGUAGCAUUAUGAACUGGCUUGGAGACUGUGCCAAGAUAAUUGCUUGUGAAAAUGAACCUGUGAAAUGGACAACCCCUCUUGGUCUGCCAGUUGUUCAACCAUAUCGCAAACUUGGGAGGCAUCUCAUUAAAACAUCAUUACAAGUACUGACUCUUCAACGGGAAACAGACAAGGUUAUGGUCAAACGGCAGAGGACAGCUUUUCCUCCAAACUUUGUGCACUCCCUUGACGGUUCUCAUAUGAUGAUGACUGCUGUUGCUUGCAAAAGGCAAGGCCUGAAUUUUGCAGGGGUGCAUGAUUCAUAUUGGACGCAUGCUUGUGAUGUUGAUACAAUGAACAAAAUACUACGAGAGAAGUUUGUGGAACUAUACGAUACACCCAUCCUAGAAAAUUUGUUGGGGAGCUUUGAGAAGUCUUUCCCGGAGUUAAAAUUCCCUCCAUUGCCAGAGAGGGGAGAUUUUGAUCUCAAGGAUGUCCUGGGAUCUCCAUAUUUCUUCAACUAGCUCAAUUGUGGUGGCAUGUUCUACCUUGCUUUGCUGCGCAUCUGUCUUAGCAUGCAUUCCAAGUUCUCUUGAAGUAUACGAGCGACCAACAGACUCAAAUGGCGAAACUAAUUACUUUGAUGGCUGACUUAAAAAGAUUCUUGGAUGGCUUGGGAGAAAGCUGAAGGUAUCCCUUUUGAAUUAAGAUAAACUUUUAUUGCCCAAGAAGCUGGCAAUAAACAUUACUGACCCAGGAGAUGAUUGGAGUAUAUCAGCACAGGGAGGUUUUGCUCCGUUUAGGCUUAUCGUAGUAUUCGUCAGUGGCUCUUUAUAUAUAAUUUUUUUUGUCAGGCUCACGUUUAGCAGGGAUACAUCUCUGAUCCAUGUAAAUGUAAUUAUGUAAUUUUGGCUAUCUUAUGCUAAUUCCAUUUCUUUUUGUGGUUUAUAGAGUGGUGAAUCUGGUAGUUGAAUUUGUAAGGUAUUAAUAUCUUCAAUAAUAAGCGAUAUGGCUUCCCCAUCAUUUCAGGCAUGCUCCAAGAUUUUGGAGAUACAACACUUUGGCAAUUCAUUGCUAACAUUUCCCAAAUUUUUAAUAUUCCAAGGUAUUUGAAAUAAAAUUUUGUAUUGUCGCCUGGA